AUGUCAGGUUUAGCAGCUGAUGAUGCAAUUUCAAGUGUUGUGAUUGAAUCCGAGUACUCAUGCCGUCGGUUUUCACUAGCUGAGAUACAAUCAACCACAAUCAACUUUAAUGAAAAUUUAGUUAUUGGCGUUGGCGGAUUUGGUAAGGUAUACAAGGGGUUCAUCGACAACGGUGCUACAGCUGUCGCCAUAAAGCGGUUGAAUGCAGAGUCCAAGCAGGGUGCAGAAGAGUUCUGGACUGAGAUCAACAUGCUUUCUAAGCUCCAUCAUGCUCAUCUCGUUGCUCUGAUUGGCCAAUCCAAGAUUUCAGAUUUUGGGCUGUCCAAAGGCACUACAAGCAAUUCAGCAACCCACGUUAGUACGAGAGUCAAAGGUACAUUUGGAUAUUUAGAUCCAGAUUAUUUCUAUACCCACAGACUAACCAAGAAAUCUGAUGUGUAUGCCUUUGGUGUGGUGUUGUUGGAAGUGCUUUGUGGGAGGCCGCCUGUGGAUGAAAGACUCGAGGAGGAGCAAAUUAGUUUAAUCCUGUGGGCUCAAGAUUGCAUUAAAAAGGGAAAGCUUGAUCUAAUCAUUGAUCCCUCUUUGAGUGAACAAAUAACACCACAGAGUUUGAAGUAUUUUGUAGAAGUUGCCUACAAUUGUUUACAUAAUCGUCCAAAGGAAAGGCCUACAAUGGCUGAAGUGGUGGGAAGCCUUGAUCUCGCAUUGGUGUCACAACGUAAAGGAAGAUCAGAGGGAAUAAUUGGAAAGGCGUUAAAGGGUUUUGUAAUUAUGCCUAAAGGUAUGAAUCGCUGGUGGAGGGAGAGAAAGGAAAACAGUUCUAAGAGUGGACUGUCAAAGGAUUUGUUUUUGGAACCACUUUCAGAUGGUGCUAACCAACCACACCGUCAUUUCUCACUAGCUGAUAUUCAAGCAGCCGCAAAUGAUUUCAAUAAGCUUCUUUGGAUUGAAACCAAUGGGCUUUACAAGGUGUACAAAGGAUUUUUGGAUGGGGAAACUAGCAUUGUUAUGAUCAAAAGGUUCAAUGCCUUGGCAUCGCAAAAUUGGGAAGAGGAUUGGGCUGACAUUGAGGUACACUCCCUGUUCGAGAAUCACCCCCACAUAGUCUCUUUGAUUGGAUUUUGCAAUGUGAAACCAGAGUUAAUUGGCGUGUAUGAUUACAUGGAGAAUGGAUCCUUGGAAGAUCAUUUGUUCAACACAAACAACAAUACACUUCUGUGGAAAGAACGACUCAAGAUCUGCAUUGGUGCAGCUCUAGGACUACAACAUCUCCAUGAGAAUGCGAAGCAAAGAGUCAUCCACGGUGACAUAAAGCCAGCUAAUAUUCUGUUGGACGAGAAUUGGGUUGCAAAACUUACUCAUUUUAGGUUUUCCAAAUUAAUACCCAAUAACACUACAUUUGUAACACUAACGGAUUCAAAUGUUUGCGGUACUAUGGGAUAUAGGGCACCAGAGCUCUGGAUGCACGGAAAAUUAACAACAAAAUCUGACGUAUAUUCAUUUGGUAUGGUGUUGUUGUCAGUAUUGUGUGCUAAGAAGCCAUAUUAUGAGCUAGAUGGGGAUUGCAAGUCAUUAGUAGAUCAGUUCAUGAAUAGUAUCAAAACCAUUGGUCGAAUCAUUGAUCCAAAUCUGAUUGGGAAAAUAGCACCAGAAUGCUUGAAGGAAUUUGUCAAUAUUGCAAUAAGUUGUCUACUUGAUCAGGACAACUGGCGACCCUCGAUAGACAAUGUGGUAAGGAACCUCCAAUCUGCAUUACUACUGCAGGAGGCUUGGGAGAAUCAUUUUGAGAUUGGUGCUGAGUUACCUGUGAUUGACCUUUAUUGUUGUAGCGUCUUCUCCAUUGAUGGUUACUUGACAAUUGGUGGGUUGAGCCUUUUUCCAUAA